AUGGCAUCCUUGAUGAAAAUAAAAAGUUUAAUUGCUCCAUUAACAACUAAACAAACUCGAGUAAUUUAUAAUGUCGUCAGAACAAAGGUGAUGACCAAUUGGGAUUACAUGCCAGGACCAAGACCGAAAAAUGAAGAAGAGCAUAAAAAAGCUGCUGAAAAAUACGGUUUGCAUCCAGCUGAAUACAAAUUGUACCCAGAUGAUGGUAUGAGGCCCGUUGGAGAUUACCCGAUGUUACCUUAUGAACCAGUCAGCCUUCGUGAUCCUAAUUAUCCUUGGGAUUGUCCUGAUGAUAAAAGAAACUUUGAAGAACCGAUUCAUGCUGAAAUCAAUUUACUUAACGAAGACAGAACAGAUUACGGUGAAAAGCCAUACAUUGGAUACCGACAAGGUCCAUGGACAUUUUGGGGAUUUGUCGCAGUUUAUGCUAUGUUGUUUCUUAUUGCGGACCAAUAUCCUAAUUUCAGGCCAGUUUUGGAAAAACAAAUCCCGCAGGCUGGCAAAGUUCAUUACACAUUUGAGCCAGCUAAAUAA